CGUGUGUUUCUGGGAUACUACUGGCGGACUAAUUGUGGUCUGAGUGUCAUGGCGACCAACAGCGAGCAACUUUCCAGAGGUUUCGUAACUGAUACAAAACAAUUCAAGGACACAGAGUGAAAAUUGAGGGUCAACACAUUUUGUGUAUCCCAAUUUGCAGAGCAAGGACAGCAGAAUUUCACACCUAAAACUAAGAUUGGAAUUUGGUUGUACUGGUUUUUGAUAUGGAAUGUGCCACGAACACCGGUCCUGAGGAUGACCCAACUGAUACUGCUGUUCCACAUGAAGGCAUUACUGUUAAGGAUGGCAGUGAGACCCCAAGAAAGAAAAACAAGAAACAUAAGAAACACAAAAGUAAGAAGAAACGAAAGAAGCGAAAGGGUGAAAAAGAGAGUAGCUCUGAAUCUGGAGUAGAGACAGAUGGAGAUUCUCGAACAAGAACUAGCAUGAAAAAAGAUGUCUCAUCGAACAUUGAGGCAGAUGAUCGUGCAAAUGCUACAAAAAACUGUACAGAAGAUCUUAGUGAUGAGGAAGGUGAAAACAGAAAAAAACAGAAACAUCGCAUUGGGAAGAAGAAGAAGAAAAGACGACGUAAAGAGGACGAAAAGCAAGGGAAAAAAUCCUCAUCUCGCUCCAGAUCAGAGAGUACCUCAGUAUCGGGGUCAGAAUCGGAACCCGAGUCCAAACAAUCACAAAAGUUGCAGUUGGAGUCCUUAAAGUUGGAUAGGAAGUCACCCAUCACUGCAGCCAAGGACAAAUUUAAAGACUGCAUACCCCAACUGGAAGAUAAAAAGAUAAAUGUGUCUCCUGAUCACAGUGAAGAAGAAAGCUUGACACCAAGAGGGAGAAGAAAUGUUUCUCCUGAGGGUGCACUAAUUGCAGAUAACGAGACUCAUACUGAGAGGGACAGACAUGUGGAAUCUAUUGGCAAACAUGAAAGUUUAAGUAAAGCUCAAGAACUUCCUGAUAUUAUCCCUAAGCAAGAGAAUGUGCAUAAAGAGCAAGCUGGGCAGAAGGAUAUCUCAAAGGAAGCAAAUAGGAAACAGAAAGAUAAGAAAAAACUGUCCCUCUCCAGGUCAAGGUCACGAUCACUCUCAGACACUAAAGGGACAAAAUCUAAACAUAGUCGCUCCAGAACUCCAAAGCGGUCAUUUGGUAAAUCAGGACAUCGUAAUGACAGUUCGUCUUCAAGGGAGAGGUCUGAGUCUGCCUCUGGUGGGAAAGAUCGAGCAAAAACAAGAUACUCAAGAUCUCCAUCAGGAAGGUCACCAUCCAAAGCAAUAAAGAAACCUGGACGCAGGUCAAGGUCAGUCUCUGGAAGGAGAGGGUAUCGCUCUGACUCAAGAUCUAAUGAAAGGACUAGAAGAUCAAGGACCAGGUCCCCAUGGCGUAGUCACAGGUCAAGAUCUAGGUCAGCUGGAAAACCAAGGCGUUCAGGCUCGAGAUCAAAACAAUCCAUUUCUCGACGGAAGAUUCGUCGCUCAAGAUCACGAUCCAGAUCUGGAUGGAAAGGAAGACGCUCAAGGUCUCGCUCUCGCAAAAGGACACCUAUAUCUCGGAAAAGACGGUCCAGGUCCAGAUCUGUCCGAAGAGCAAGGCGAACACGCUCAAGAUCCAUUGUGAUCCUAAAGAGAUCAAGAUCAGACUUGAGGAAGAACAAAAGAUCUAGAUCAAGGUCCUUGCGUAGAAAUCGAUCAAGUUCGUUAAGUCCAAGAUGUCGAAGUAAGUCUCGGUCCGCUCAACGCCUUAGACCCUCUCAAUCAAGAUCUCCUGCAGUCUGUCAAAGGAGUUCAAAAUCCAGAAGCCCUCUAAGCACAAAGUCAGAAUCAGUAUCUCCACCGCGAUGCAAAAGAUCCAAGUCACGAUCAUCUUCACUUAAUUCAAAGUCUGAAUCCCCCAAAUUAAGAAGGCCUAAAAAGAAUAAAGAUAAACGAUCAAGAUCUGUUUCACAGAGAGACGCAUCAAGAUCUAUUUCCAGGGAACAAAAGUCAUCUGAUAGUCUGUCCCCUGCCAAGAAAGCAUACUCUAAAUCUCCCACUCCUUCUAAAGAAAAAAAAUCUUCAAGGGAUAAGAGUUCAAAGGAAUCUGAGACUAAAUUGCACAUUUUGGAUACUAGCAAGGAAAGUUUAGAUUUAAAAGAGAAUGCGGGGUCAAGUGGAUGGAAACCAGUGUCUACUGAAUGUUCACCUGUGCAAAAGACAUCAAAUGAGGAUUUAAAAUUAUCUGAAUGUGACAAACAAAGUAAAAAAAAUAAUGAAGACUUUGAAGAUCCUUCCGAUUGUGAAGGAAGACAAAAUCGAUCCAGGUCCUCCUCCUCAGAACCAGUGCCUCAGUGCGGGACUGUAGGGUCAGAUGAAGAUGAUCGCUCGGGCAGUUCACGAUCACCUUCACCAAGUACAAAAAAAAAGGAAUCAAAGUCCUCCAAUAGAAUGUCUCCUAUUCGGAGAAAACGCUCAAGCUCGGCUUCGUCCACCCAGAAGAGGCGAUCCAAAUCAAAAUCUGUGAGCGCAAAAAGGAGGUCAAGGUCUCCUGCAAGAAAACGCAAAUCCAGGUCUCCCUCACCUAGUCGAAAAAGGAUAAUAAAAUCACGGUCCCCUGUUCGGAAAAGGAGAUCACGUUCAAGAUCAGCCAAUCGGAGGGCAAAGUCAAGGUCUAAAUCUCACACAAGGACCAAGCGUUCAAAAUCCCCUAAGCGAAAACGGUCAAAGUCUAGAUCGCCAGUCCGUAAAAGGAGAUCCAAAUCGCGUUCCCCUGCUAGAAAGCGUAGAUCUCGAUCCCGGUCAAGAGCUCGACAGUCGCGAUCCAAAAGAUCACGCUCUGUGUCACGCAGAAGGAGACCAGCAUUUCAAGGGAGGUCUUUUGAUAGACGUGAUAGGUGGAAACGUGAACCGAGCCACUCGCCAAUUCUGAUUCUCCGCAAAAGGAGGUCUACCUCGAGAUCUCGCCGCAGUUCUAGCAAGACGCCACCACGCCUGACUGACCUAGAUAAAGAUCAACUGUUGGAGAUUGCAAAGGCUAAUGCUGCUGCAAUGUGUGCAAAAGCUGGAAUGCCCAUACCUGAAAGUCUCAAGCCGAAGGCAAUUCUACAGUUACCCCUGCCAACACCAGCUCCAACCCCCUUGUCUCUGCCUCUACCACUGCCUGUGCCCAAUUUACCUAUGAAUCUGCCCAUGGGCAUACCAGGUAUGCCUACAAUGCCAAACAUGACAAUGAAUGCUGCCAUGGCAAGUAUGACAGCAGCAACGAUGACCGCUGCCCUCUCUAAUAUGGGUGCCCUGGCAGCUAUGCCCUCGAUGCCUCCCCUUCCCACCAUUACCAACAAGCCCCCUCCUGCACCCACGCCUAAUCUCGCCAACAUUGAAGAGGUCAAGAGGAAAGUGACUCAACAGGCUAACAGCAUGAGCAUCAAGGAAUUCACAGAGAAAUGUAAACAGAUUGCAGAGAGUAAAGAGGAGAUGAGGAUUGCAAGACCACAUGUUUCUGAUGAUGAAGAUGAUGAUAAUCGGUAACCCACUGUCGUCCUCCUGUAUUCCGAAAACAGUCCUGAUAAUGGACACCUGUGGCUCAUAUUUGGGAUAAAGGAUGAGCUCUGCCAGAGGCUUUUUGUCAUAUAAAUUAAGCUUUCAUUUGCUCAGAGGACUGGAUAUUUGAGCAACUUGAAAUUUUGAUUUCAAUGGUUUAUUUCAACAAUUAUCUUUUAAUUUUCACUUGUUGCAACAACUGCAAACUACAGGACAUUUUUUUACCAUAGGACUUAACUACCAGGUUAGACCGUUUAGUGUGUCUAAAAGUGAAACAAAGGGGUUAAAGUCUAAAACAGACAUGCUACCUUUCCAGGCUGACAGUGAAAUGUUUAACUUUCAGGACUGUUCUCACCUUUACUAUAUAUGGUGCCUCUUGAUGCCAUUAAGAAUGAUCUCUGGUAGUUUUAACUCAGAAUUAUAGGUGUAACUUUAAAAAGAAAAUACAUAAUUUGUUAUAUAUCUUAGAUCACAGGUCAGAGCUUUUGGUUCAACCACACAUUAGAUCUUUUCGUUAAUGUGCAAUGAUGAGUUUGAGUAUUUUUUGCCUCUGUCUUUUAAAAACCAUUAAUUGUAAAUCAGUUGUUUAAGUACAUUGAUAAGGAGAAUUCAUUAAUCCGUUAUUUGUUCCUUAACAGUUUUGUGAACUUUUAACAAUUAAAUGUUGAGACUCGAAAUUGUACUUGAGUGCUAUACUUAAUGGAUGGUGUUUGCAUUGAUGUGCAUUGUAAGGUUACUGACCACAGAUUUUCUUUUAAAUACAUUUGGUUAAACCUUGCCAUGCUGCUUGCUGGUGACUGACAUUGUGGUCUGGCUUUAUCUAAAAAUCGCAGAAGAUACUAUUCAUUGUUGACAUUGAGAAUCAUAAAAUACGCCCUUCUCCUCUACAGACCAUGAUGCAGUAAUGUGGUAAUACAGUUCUGUUUUAUCCUGUAAAAUGAAUUGACUGAAUUUUUUGACCCAGCACUGCAGGGCGGAAUGCUGUAUUUUGAGUACUGAGAAUAUUCUGCCACAGGGUUCAUUACAUCGCAUAAGAUUUACAUUAUAAAGGUAAUUGUUUAGACACUAGGCUACUUUAAUGUGUACUGUAUAAUGUGUAGGUGUGCAUUGUCUAUUUUUACUUCACUCCUUUGUUGUGAUACUGUUGCAAUCAUUUUCCUAAUUUCUUAGAAGAAAUGUGAUGAAAGCAUGGCUCCUACAAAUCUCCUCAGAAAAGUCUGAGGUAGACAUAAAAGUUAACAGUUUAAGUGUACAUUUCAAUAUGAAGACGUGUGCCUCACUACGGUUUGGCAAUGUAACACUGAAACAUCCACAAUGAAGAUACAUGUGAUGUUUCACUGCAUUGAUAGGGCUUGAUGAACUCAAUUAAGCAUAAAUUAUUCUUGAGCAGUGUAUUUGGUAUUAGAUCGAUAUUUCAACCAAUUUUCCAACUGGGAAUGUGAAGCGGAUUUGUAUUUUUAAAACCUCAUGGAUUAUUAAGUUUAAUUUUGUCCCAUAUUUGUUCCCCUAAUUGGAAAAAUAAUGUUAUCAUGGAAUGAGCAUUGCCACAUAGGAUACAUUAAGGUUGUUAUGGAGAAGUUGCAUUUAAGACACAAGCCAAGCAUCGCAUUCCUAGCAUAAAAUGUGAAGCGUUUUUUAAAUCCUUUUCAUCACAUUGAAACAAAAUGGCACACACUUUGUAUAUAAGGCAACAUUAAAAAAAAAAAAAAGUGAAAUGAAACUAUGUAAUUGAUUUUUGAAAAUGUAUUUUCUUUUCUUCAUUUCAAAUGAGUUGAUCAAAAUUAUGUUGUUAAAUGAUGGUAGGAACUUCGCGUCGACUUUGUCUCUUAUUGAAGUAUGAUGGGACGAAAUAAUCUCUUAAAUUAACUCUUCAGUGUAUAUUUUUAAUUCAGUGUCUAUUAAAAUGUAUACAAAAAUAA